AUGUCGUCCAACCUUUUCCUUCGACCCGCCCUAGCCCUGCUGAAAGUUCUCACCACUUCGAAGUCUGCUUUCCUGAACCCAGACCGGAACCCUAUAUUGAACAAGCUUCUCCGAUGGACAGUCUAUAAUCACUUUUGUGCUGGAACCAAUCGCAGAGAAGUCUCGAAAACUGUUGCGGAAGUGAAGAAAAUUGGAUAUCAAGGUGUCAUCCUGGGAUACUCGAAGGAAAUUGUGUUGGAACCCGACGAGAAACUGGCUGUUGACGCGACUGGUUCCAUUCAUUAUAGCAACAGAUGCUAUGAAUUAGUGGAAGAAUGGAAACAAGGCACUUUGGACACUCUGCGCAUGGUGGGAUCCGGUGACUUUCUUGCUGUGAAACUGACUGGAGCUGGACCAAUAGCCGUCGAUGCUAUGAGGGCACGUUGGCCGAUGCCGGAGGUGAUGGCAAAAGCCGUGGAUGAGAUCUGUGCUGCAACUAAAGAGCAAGGAUCUCGGCUAUGGCUGGAUGCCGAACAACAAAUCCUUCAACGCGGCCUGGAUGAUUGGGCUAUUGAGAUAAUGCGCAAACACAACCGUGAAAGAACACCCUUGAUCUACAACACUAUCCAGGGCUAUCUCAAGGAAUCGAAGGCAAAUCUCGACUAUCACAUUACACUGGCCGCCCAGGAAGGGUGGUCAUUGGGAAUCAAGUUGGUACGAGGUGCGUACAUUGAACAUGAGGUUCGCUCUCUCAUCUUCGAUACCAAAGAGGAAACGGAUCAGUCCUAUGAUUUGAUUGCAGAUACUCUGAUCUGUCGAAAACUCCCAGAAGAAGCCAAAGAUCUGCAAUUCCCAUCUGCUGCUCUUUUCCUGGCCACGCACAAUGCGGCCAGCGCAGCAAAGGCCAUUGCCACUCACCAAAGACUUCUUCAUAAAAAGCAGCCUACAGUUGCACUUGACUGUGGCCAGAUUCAGGGAAUGGCUGACGAACUGGGCUGUGAAUUGGUGGAAAAUUACGAGCGGGCUUUAGCCCAGUUCUCUAUAUCGAACGUGACUGUUCCAAAAGCCUUCAAGUGCAUGGCGUGGGGUUCUGUUGCAGAAUGCAUGGGGUAUUUGCACCGUCGGGCAAUCGAAAACAGAGGUGCGGUUGAGCGUACACAUCAUAUGGUGGAUGCUUUGCGAAAAGAGGGCAUCCCCAAUCAGGUGAUUUCCGCCAGAGCCGUGUGUUGGCAUCGAUAUCGGAUGGGUGCCCCGGCCGCUUUUUUGCGUCUUGUCCUUCCAACUACUUUGGUGGAUUUGUCCGGGAUAAUGCCUCCUACAACAGUUAAGACUAAGAAAUGCAUGAGGGCAUAUUUGCGGCACUUGGAAGAGCAUAUUUCCAGGAAUGCGGUUACCAUGCCGCACGGUGGCACGGAACAAGCUGAUCCUUUGGCGGAAUCGCCGUUUGUUGGCCACGAGGAUAUUGAUCUCGUCCCAAUUCCUCGUCCCCCACACCUGCUGUUGGAAACUCGGCCAGAGACCCCGUUGCGAACAAUAACUGAUAGACUUGACCAUGGUUUGCAUAGAGCAGAAUCUCCCCGUCGAUAUGAUUCCGAAAGCGAGCAAGAGCGUCAUCGCUCACGAUUUUCGCGCAAUCCUCUUGUCGAGAAGGAUUGCUCAUUUGCCCAGACACCAGACGGCCGGCUUUGUGAGUUUAACGGCUAUUCAAUAGGAGGUUCUAUUGCUCACAAGAAUACCACAGGGUACAUGGGACCGACAUCAUCGUGGUCGUUCUGCCGGCGUGUUCUCGCUUUGAUCGGAAGACGUGUUCCAGAGUCAAACUGCCCACCAGAUCCAUGGUGCUUAGAUGGUAUGGCAUUUAAACUCCAAUGGAGGCCCCUCCCUCCGGACGAGGUGCCAGAUGUCUCUAAUUUGCCACCUUUGGACUAUUCACUGUUCUUGUUCAAUACUGUGAAGUUCUACUUUGGAUUUUUAUCUUUCAUGAUUGACGAGUCAGUCUAUCUUCGACACUUACAAGAGUUCUACAAAGAUCCAGUAGCAAAAGCCACCUCAGCACGGCCAUGGUACUCCCAAUUCCUGCUCGUCCUUGCAUUUGGGAAAGUCUUUCUUGCGCAUAAAAACCCUGGCGGAUCUCCCCCGGGACACCAGUAUGCUUCCAGAGCAAUGGCUCUCUUACCUGAUCUGUCGGCCAUGCAUGAGGACGCAUUAACCUGCAUUCAGACGUUGAGUCUAGCAGCAGUAUACUUGCAAUCGAUCGACAUGAGGCGGGCAGCCUUUCAACAUAUUGGGCAGGCUUUACGCUAUUGCAUUAUUGAAGGAAUACAUCGACACGUGCCGGAAGAAAUCUGCGGCCCCGAACUCUCCCAUCGCUGCCGGACUAUCUUUUGGGUGGUUUAUAUGUUAGACAGAGAGUUCUCUGCUCUCAUAGGGGCGCCUAGUUCUAUUCGAGAUGAAGAUAUCACUGUGAAGCUGCCUGCAGAUGUGGAGCAGUCUGUGGAAAAUAUUAACUUAACACUGCAUGUGCGAUUAUCCCAUUUGAUGGCACGAACUCUUACCACGGUCUACGGCGUGGGCAAAGAAUUUGACGGAACUCUCAUUCGAAACACACAGUCUCUUCUCCAUGACUUGGCAGAAUUGUCUCAUGAUUUGACCGAGUUCUUAAACAGGCAUUUCCAUGGGCUAAUUAGCCGGGCUUCGAAAAUGGCAAUUCGGCUCAUGCUAGCCCACCACCAUUGCAUUGUCCUCACAACUCGGCCUUUGGUAAUGUGUGCGCUACACAUGCAUAUCGAAGGGACAGAGACACAAAAGUCUCCAACGAUCUCGUUAUCAGCUCCAGUCGCGUCCCUUCUGCAAUGCUGUGCUGAUUCAGCACAGACAAUCCUUCAGACCCUUCGAACGUUAGCUGACGAUGAUUUAAUGGAUGCCUUUCUUCCAUUUCAGAUCGAAGACGCUUCAUCAUCAGCUUUUGUGCUAUAUCUAAUCCAUGCCAUUGCCCCAUCCCUUAUUUCCAAUGAUGCGUGGUCCGAAAACCUUGACUGUGUUUUGAAUAAACUUAUUUCAAAAGGCAAUCCUGCAGCACCGCUUCGGAGGUUGGAAUUGAGACAACUAGAGAUCAUAUUGGCACCGCUAACGCCAAGAAACACAAACCUCCAGAUUCCCCAACUCACCCCAUUAAACAAUACUGAUAAUAUCGAGGAUGCUGAGGAUGUUUAUGCCUUUGAUGAAGUUAACAUGGGCGAGGAAUUCGAGUGGGACGUGCUUGCUCUCAAUUCUUCUGUUAGUUUGCCUCCGCGGGAAUUGUUAGACUUGGCGGAUCAGUUGGACAUGGAUGGAAUCGUGUAA